AUGUCGCAUUCGAAUAUCAGAAAACUUCGCAAAUAUUUUAAGUCUUUUCCGCAGAUGAUGUCCUGUUCGUUUCUAUCAAGCUUCGCAUGGAAAGUAUUGGGAUUUUAUUCGAUAAUUUUAGUUGGCGUCUACUUCUGGUGGGGAAGCACUGGCUUAUUCCUAGGUUUAUUAGCCGAGAUUUUCUAUUCUUUCCUUGUAAAUAUUGGGGUCAAAGAAAAACUAUUCGAAGAAAUAAUAGCCGAAAUCCUUAUUCCAGAAUUUAUAGACAAACGGCCGUUUCGGGAAGCUGAUCAUUUGAAGCACGAAAUUCUACAGGAUAUCAUGCAUCGUGUGAAUGACAAAGUGUAUGUUGAAUUGGGCUUUAAGUAUGAAUACACUGAUACUAGAAGGUUGCUUUAUCAGUAUAAUACUCUCAUUUCAGAUUUUGAAAUGAAAUAUUUAGUACAUUAUAAGAAUAAACCUGUUGAAGAUAUUCGAGGUUGGGAUAAAAUUAUGUUAAUAGCCAAGAACAUCCAUGACGAAGACUUAAAUUUUGCCUAUGAGAAUGUUGUUUCGUUGGACUUGAUUAAUAAAUAUAGCACAAAAGAACCAACCAUUCCAACCAAAUUCUAUAAACCGGGCGAUAUUCCUGUUAACGUACUAGAUAAAAAUUUUCGUACGAAGAAUGGUGUAAGUAAAGAAAAACAUUUCGAUAUUGUUUAG